AUGAAGUGUGGCUGCGGCUCGCUGGCGUGCGGCAGCGGGGUGGGGUACCAGGACACGGAACAGAGCUCCGCUGAGCUCCUGCUGUGCGUUCUGAAAACGUCCGGCAGGCGCGUGGCGGGCGUAUUUACUGCCUCACCGUCCCUUCUCCUGAGCGCGCUUGAAACGGGCCCGACCCGAGUCACGGACGGGGUGCUCCGCCGCAUUUGGAGCGUCAUUGCCGGCCCGCUCCGUCGUGGCGCGUGCGCCUGCGCUUUAACCUUAUUUUUUGGGCGCGCCGGCGCCUCUCACACACACAACGAGGCGGCUGAUGAACUUGCGAAAGCGGCGCUGGGGGAAUUCCAGGGCGCACCCGCGCGGAUGGCGGACAUCCGCACCGCCACCCGCCGCCGCCGCGCACAGAAAAAACUGAGGAGGCCGCCAUCAUCCCCGCAGGACCCGACAGCCAGCGCCGGCGCCUCUUCGUGGAUGGCGCGAGUCCGCAAACAGCCCCGCUGA